GCCUUGGGCGGCGCCGACGGAUCCUUGCGGCGUUUGUGGACGAGGAGGACGGCGGCAGGGUGCGUAUCAAACCGCUUAAUCAUUUUCGAGGCGAUCUGGCGGCAAACGUGCGUGCUGCUGCAGUGACAAGCUCUCGUCAAUUGGAUUUGGGCGUUGUCGACGUGGGACACUUUUCCAUGCCCGCCUCGUUGAAAGUUUCAGCGCGAAGCGGCACAUCAUAGUGGAAGAACCCAGCCAUGGGCAACGAGAUCUCUCAGUUCGUCGACCACGAUCAAUCGAUCCGGCGGACACCACAGAACGUCGUCGACAACGAGAACCGAUUCGACUUUUGCUCGAAUUGGGAACCAUCGCAUGUUCACGCAUUUGUGCGGGCGUACACCACACGUGCGAGUCAAGGCGACAAUGGCACGAAUGCCCUGCUGCACAAAAACCAACGGCUGGAAGUGCUUCACAAUGAAAUCGAACGGCUCGAGAGCCUCGCUAUCUCGAUGUCCCUCGAAGAUGCCGUGGCCGGAAUGGUGACUGAUACGACGCCACCGUCCACAAGUGCAAGCGGGACAUGUCCGGUGGCCUCACAAGGAAACGCAGCAACGCCGGCAGAUACAUCGGUGAAAAUUGCGUCGAAACAACUGAAAUUCAAAGCAAAACCUGCACCGAAAACCCCGGAACAGGUCCACGAAGCUUUCUUGAAAUCGACAGAAGAGGAGUACGUAGCACAACGGUACCAAGUGCUGCUCGAUCUGGAAAAGACACGGCAUGAAUGGCGUGCAUUAGCUCAAGUUCCCGCGUCGUUAGAUGGGAUCGACUUUAGUUUGCCAGCGCAGUGGAAUCACUACUUUCAAUCUGUUCAGGCAGUAGAUGCCGACGCGCGCGCUGGAGCUAUCGACAAAGCGCGCAGUCUCUGGCAUCCUUCUUCUGUGGGUUACGCCAUGGCCAAGGACCCGGAAGCAUCUGCCCAACUCAGUGCUUUCACAAAUGCUCAAGAAGCAGCUCUCCAGUUGGCAGCUCAAGAACUAGCCAACCCGCGAGACGCGGACGGCCACACAGACAACAACCCCAGUAUGUCCGACGAUAACGAGUCGGAUGUGGAUUCGAACAACGACGAUGAGAACGAUGGAAAGGCAGCGGGGCGAAAUAGUGCAGAAGUUCCGAUCGAAGCACCUCUAGCUCCCUCGAGUCUCACUAAAUUCAACCUCGCCCUGCACACGCAGGGGACGAACGAUGUAGUGGUCCCAACCUUCCCCCCGCUGUUCGAUCCGUCCUUGCGCAGCCCCGUGUUUUUUGGCUACACUACCACCCGAGACGGCAGAUUCGAGCCAUCAACAAAAACAGGAAGAGUGACCUCUUUUGAACAUCCCGACGACGAACGGGAACAUGAAUAUUUUGAAGCCCAGCUGCAAAAGAUCAACCAAAGGCGACUUGAGGCCACCAAGGUCGAAAACGGAAAGCUCAAAGCCCUGCAGGAGCGCCGCGACGCGCAGCUAGAUCGUCGCCAAAAGGAGACCAAAGCAAGGCAGCGAGAGCUUGACGACGCACGAAAGGAAGGUGUGGAUCCAACCGCAGAUUUCUUUCGAAAAGCCGACGAAAAGCAGCGGCAGCUCGACGCACAGGAACACAGCGAAGACGACUUGUACGAAUCGCAUCUUGCAUCGAUCACGUCUCGCAUAAAUGGUGCCAACGACACAGCCGCGAAAGAGAUUCAAAUUUUGGAAACCUUGCGCACGCCGCACAAGCCUGUGGGCGAGGCACGAGUUGCGUUUCACACAGAGCAGCUUCGAGUGCUCCACCAAAACCUGUUGAAUGCUAAAAACGAUUUGAUUCAAGCAACAGCAGUACUCGACCAGACAAAAGGCCGUUCCAUGCUCCAAGUGGGCAACUCUGACACCAAAUCCAGUGCUCGGGCGCAGUUGCUAUUUGCACAAGAUCAAGUAAAAGCAGCUGAAAAAACAAUCACGGUCCUUCUUGGCCAAAUCGAGGACGAAGAGUUUAUGCUGGACCGGGGAGAAUCCCAGAUCGACCAAGAGACCAAGUAUUUUCCGAGUUUUGAAGUGUUUUCGAAGGCGAACAUGACGCUGUUGGACAUGGCGUUUGCUUUGGUCAUUAUGUGCGGCGCCCCCAUCUCUGACAAGCUCCAAUACAUGUUUGAAACCCACAAAAUGGCAAGUCCCGACGUCACGUCGAUCGCCAAACCUGCCCUUGUGCAGGCCUUGAUCAUCUACUUUCGCGUCCUGGAUCGGUUGAACGAACUUGCAACACCAAAUCGACUGACGUCCAUAUUCCCGACGCUGGACGAGUCGAAUCUGGCCAACAUUGCCGACCACAUGGUCGGGACCAAGGCUUUUCUUACCUGGUUUGACUUCAACGCGAUAGCACACGAUGCGAUCCAGCGCUCCAAGUACUUGAGCACGAUCAUGCGAGUGCCGUGGAAGUACCACCACGUGAGCCGAGUCCAACAGCAAGCGAUGGCUCCACUGCGCCAGUUUGAGUGUGGUCUCAUCAGCGCUUCGGACCUCAAGUACCGACUGGCGUCCCAGAUGCUGUCGGCACGAGGGGUGCUGACCAGGAGCUCCAAGGAGACGCUCCACGUCCGUGCAUUGGCGAUGGGCUCGAAUGAUCCACUCAAAGCUGACUACUCCAAGUACCUCAAGUUUCGACGGAGCAAAGUGCUGUCAAAUGUUGUGUCGUUGGACCACGCGUGCUUUAAGAAUCUCAUCGUGUACCGAACCGAGGUAGCCGAGCGGGCCGCGAUUCGACUGCAGACGACGUGGAGGGCAAAGAAAGGCCGGUAUGAUGCGACCAUGGCCGCGCGAAAACAAGCGUUCUAUCACGCCAAGGGCAUGGCGCUCAAGGAAGCCCGAGAGUCUGUUGAAAACGAAUGGAGACGCCAAGAUGCUGUGACCGAAACGACCAUGGACAAGAUGAAAUUCGACGCGAAAAUUCGCAUGCGCCAAGUCAAGUUGCGGACAAAAGGUCUUGCCUUCAGUCGCGACGAAGUUCUCAAGGUCAUGGUCGAAGAAGCGGUGCAAGACUCCAUGGAGGAAGUCGACCAUCGAUUCCGAGAAAUGGAAGAGAGCGCAGGGUACUGCCCCCGCGUCCUCCGGUUUGACCCGUUGGACCAGUCUCACUUUUCCGAGAUCGCGCACAGUCUGAUUGACCAGCUGCAGCGCGUCCGCCUCCCCGCGCCAGCCACGGCUAAGUUGAUGCGCGCCAUCGCGGAAAAGGAGGCAAAAGAAAAGAAAGAAGUACCGGAAACUCCGCUGUGUACGCCAGAAGCUAUCGUUGUGGACAACGUCCAGCUGUACCACGACUCGGUGAAGGAAAAGAAGUUGCGCAAAGAAGCGUGCCACGGCCUCAUGUUGAGGGGGUGUAUCCCUGUCCUCGCAAGUUGUAGCAACAAGGAGCGGCGUGAAUGGAUGGCCAUGACGGCGUCGAAUCCGCCGCUGAACGCGUGGUGCGACCGCCUCCAGUUUGUAUGUGAUGGCAUGACCAAGCUGAAACUUCAAGAACUGCUGAUGGAGCUUCCGUCAAAGCGGCACGCAAUGGCGUACGUCCAGGUGUUCCAGAACGCGCUGGGAGUGUUUGACCAAGAGUCGCUCAUUGACGACUUGAUGGGGCACUUUCGCAUCCUUCGCGGCGUGGAAAGCCUUGCCGAUGCGCUGAUUCAGAUGGCCCAGUCCGACAUGGAGACGCACUGGCGACAAGACAUUUUCCGCCACCUCAACAGCCAAGAAACGUUUCUGCAUGCCCACGUGCGUGCAAUCCACAAAGCACAAGGGGCGCAGAUGCUUCGGGACGCCAAACAACGGGGCCGAGACCUCGACGCCAAGCACAGAAUGGACUUGGACGUUCAACGAAAUCUCACCCUCGACGCCAAGACAAGCGCCGAGGAAGCCAUCGCCAAGUGGAAAGCUGCCGAGUUUUCCCUCUCCCAGGCGCAGCGACGCAUGGAAGUGCGCGAAGCCGCCGAUGUCGUAGUACAGCGUCGGGAUCGUAUCCUAUGGGCAGAACGCCUCAAGCGCGCGUUGGAAGCUCCAGAAAAGGGCGUCCACACGUAUGUCGAAGUCAUUCACGUGUGCCAAGACUUUUUAGAAGUGGCCCGCCACGUGGCAAUGCAAAUCGUCCGAGAGUACUACGUCCCAGUUCAUGAAAAGACGAUUUGGCCAUUGCCGGGAAAAUUCGCCAUGGAUGGUCGCAACGACGGCAACGUGCGCUCGAGCGACGGAAGAGGACUGAAAUAUGAAGCCCACAACAUUCGAUUUCACGUCGCGUUGGACGACCACGGUCGAUUCGACGGAUCGGACGAGCUCUCGGCCAAGUUUGCCAGCGCGGAGUGCCGCAACUCGAGUUUGUACUUGCCCAUGAUGAUGCUGACCCGGAACGUGCUGGUUCCAUUGCAAUGCUGCGUCGACUACCACGGCAUGCGAGUGCUUUGUGUGUCCAUGCUCCCCAUCGAGUGCUUUGACGUGAGCGACAAGGGUACGGUUCAAAAUGUUCGAACCGAAUUCGUCUACGGCACCAGCAACAAAGGCCAAACCGUGAUUUGCCACAGCAAAACACUCGACGCAUCGAUUGCAAAGGUCAAUGCAACUCUCAACUUGGCUGCUCACUGUGUACGCGGAUCGUUGGACUUGACGGCGAAGCUCAUCCACGGAGCGGGGGAUAUGAAUGGGUACAUCGGGCGGGACGAAACAUUUUGCUUGCUCAAGUUCCGACGCAUGAUGCCGCCGGAAGACCCAGACGAGACGCCGCACUUGCCCGCAUCCACACGAAGCAUGAGCAUCUUGUGGAGACAAUUGCGGCCAGCGUUGGUCCAGACGAACCCCGUCGCUCUGUCGUCGGACGCGUUGUCUCUGUUUACGUACCAAACCCCAGACUGGGAGACCCAGGCAACGCGAGUAAAGGAGUGCACGCAGCGCAUGAUUCGCGACGUCAUCCCUUCCUUUGCGCGGAAGCUCGCCGAGAGGGAGGACUACGUUACGUCGCCUUCGUUUUCCCUCGUCCGUGAGAUGCACCGGCACGGCAUCAACGUUCGGCACUUGGGGCUGUUGCGCUCGUUGUUUUAUUUUCAACUGGAUGGCACCGUCGACGUAUCGUUCAAUGGGACCACGAUCUCUUCGACGGCAGACCUGACGAGGGAACUGGUGAGAGGAGAUAUCGUCCAUAUCCAGGGACAGCGCUACAGAGUCAGCGACAACAUCGACGAUGUCUUUACCGACAAAGUCGUGACGGUCGAUCGGCCGUAUCCGGGAGAUUCCUGUCAGCACGUUGCCAUCUACAAAGGCGACGUGCGGUCGCGUCAUGAUGUUCGCGGCAUGCUGCUGGUCGAAAUGAUUCAACGAACGAUCAAAAACUUGAUUCGGUUGUCGCUGCGCACGAUGCUGCAGUCGCGGCAACUUGCCGUGGGGCCGAGCCAGCAGUCGUUGUUUGUGGUGAUUUUGAAUUACGUAUCUGGCUCCGGGGCCGGCUCCGACUUGUUUUGGAAGACCCAAGUGUUUGACGGGAUUCGCGCUCGCUUUGGGUCCGUUGCCGUGUCGUACGUGGACCGUCUCAACUUGCGGCACGCGCCAGUCGCAAUCACGCGGUACCUGUCGUCGACGAUCGGGUUCGAGCUCACAACGGAUUGCUGGAACCGCUUCACGCAGCACCCCGACGGAUUUGCUUUCACAACCGACGACGUCAAACUCGACGUGCCGUGCUGCGUGAGCCACAACUUACUCGUGCUGCAUUUUGCAGCGGCGUCGCUGCUCCUCGACCAAGCUUCCCAUGUCCAAGGAGCGACAUAUCAAGCUGCGAUUCUGCUGGACUCGCCCUGCGGGUACUGGCCGCUAAACGAGCGUCGAGGUUCGACCGUGGCCAAGAACUUGGUGUCGUCCACCGAUCACGGCAAGUUUUCUUCGACAUGCGCGUUGGAAGCGGCGGGUCCGAUUGCCAACGACGACUUGUCACGGGCGGUGGAAUUCUUCAAAGAUUCGCCCGGGUACAUUACGUUUUCCAAAGCCAAGAAAUGGGACCAAGGCGCGACGCUGGAGGCAUGGGCGAGCGUGAGCGCAACGGGGCACGGCGUUCGCGCGAUCGUAAGCCAUGGACGCUUUACCCUGGCCGUUCUCAAACGAAACGUGUGGGGGGCGUGGAUUAACAUGAACAACAUCGACGUGGUUGUGGCAGGGCCGCCCAUUACGCCAGAUGUGUGGACGCACGUUAGCAGCUCCUUUGACGGCACGACGUUGCAACUGUACGUAAAUGGUGUUUUGUACGGUGACAUCGACGUGCAGUCCGAGGUCGACGCUCAGCUGGAGCGCCGAGAGAAGCGCUUUCAAACGAUGCUGCACACCCUGGACGAACAAGAGCAGAACGCGAAAGCGUCUUGCAUGAAAGAUGCCGACCGCGAAUGCAGGUUGCUGUACCAAACGAAGGAAGGCAAGCGGCUGGUCAAGGACUUGGCCAAGAAACUGGCCGAUGAGCUUGCGUUCAAAGACCGGCUCAAGAAACGAUCGACUCCCGACACCCCGGACGACGAUAAGUCAGUUGACGUCGCGAAACCCACCAAGGCAGACAUGGAAAGCAUGGCGAAAAAGCAGUAUGCCAUGGACACGUUCAACAAGAAGACAGUCUCCGUCACGGCGUCGUUUCAGAAGCUCCGCGACGAGUUGAAAGAAAAAAUCGCGUUGGAGCUGGCCGACGAGAUGUCGCAAGACGGACGCCCCCUGCGCAUUGGAUGCGUGAGCAAUUCGAGUUCCAACUCCAAGUUCUUUGUGGGAAAACUCUGCCACGUCGUGUUUUACUCGAGAUGCCUCGACAGGGAUGUAAUCAUGCAUCACUGGAUCAUGGGCACUCUGGACCGUGCGUGGAAGUCGGACGCGCUGUUUGAGUUGUCUGCCAUGCGGUUUACCAAAGCGUUGGAGUUUGCGCCGACCGAUGGACCGAUGCUGGCAUCGUUUGCCGUCAACAUUUGCAGUGCGUUGAAGUACGACCUCGAGCAAAAUCGUAGCCAGAACAUGUACAAAUCCAAAGUCCGCCGCGCGUUGCGCGCGUUCCGGUCCACUGAGAACCAUGAAGGAUGCGCAGAGAUCCUUCGAAACCUGCCGCGGGAUGUGCGGUUCAGCGACUUGUUCCGGGAAGCGUAUGCGUGCGUGAACGAACUGCACCCUACGUACUGGACUCGAACAAGCAACGUGUCGCUGCUAGACCUGGACGCGCUGCCACCCCAUUUCUUUAUGAGCGGCGAGACCAAGUCGUUGUCGAUGGCAGGGCUCCUGCGCGAAGAAAUUGCCGUAUUUGCCGACAUUAUACGCCGCGUCAUUGCAGAGUACCCCACGCAUUAUGGCGACGGCCUCACCGACUUGAAAUGGGUCCUCGACCUUGAAACAGACAGCGUCGUCGUGUACUUUAUCCUGUGGGUCCGCGCUGGAGAAGACAGUCGAAGGAUUGACUUGACGGGCGUACGCGACGUCACUGCACACGACAUGGACGUCAUUUCGGCGGCGAAUCGAAGCUGCUUGGCCUUCAAUCUGAACGGAUGUACCAACGUGACGACGAAAUCCAUGUGCACGUUGAGCCUGCGAUGCGGGGCGCUCGAGUCGCUCAACGCUGGCGGGAUCUCGCACUUGACAGACGACGUCCUCAUUGCCAUCUCAAAAACGUGCCCCAACCUGAAAGCCCUCACGAUGGACCGUUGCCCGCUCAUCACGGACGACGGCGUAGUAGCCCUGGAGAAGUGCCACGACCUCCGAGAGGCGGUGUUCAGCCACUGCGCAAGAAUCACAGACGACUCGCUCUUGUCACUGGCAACGCAUCCCCGCCUCGCACGACUCGAAUUGGCGUUCUGCUUGCAGCUAAGUGACUUUGUGUCGCUGUCAAACCUGCCUGCCAGCGUAACGCUGACUUCGUUGGAUAUUUCGGGGUGCCGUCGGCUGACGGACGACGGGAUCAUGGCAAUCGGGACGCGCUGUCCCAAGUUGACCUGCGUGAAUCUGGCUUGCUGCGACAAACUCACGGAUCGUGGCAUUUGGGCGCUCACGCACCAUUGCUUGGACUUGGCCCAUCUGAACGUACAGGAUCUGCACUUGCUCACGGACAAAGUGUUUACGUUCGACCAAGAAGGAGAUGGCCGCACAGUCGUGGCAAAAACCCUCCUGACCAAGCUCGAAACGAUUGUGUUGGCUGACUGCAAGACUCUCACAGACACUGGGAUCGCGUACCUCAUGCACCGGGCUCGACAUCUCCGGUCCAUGGACGCGUCCGGGUGCUUUCACUUAACGGACCAAGGGCUACGAUGUAUCACGAGCGAUAUCUUCAACGGAACGUCCACGGGAGAGCAUUUGCGUGUGCUCGACCUGAGUUACUGCAUGGCGUUGACGUCGGAGGGCCUCCACCACAUCCGCGAGCGGUGCAAGCACCUCGUCACGGUCUACUUGACCGGGUGCGUUCUCUUGCAAGACGCCGAAGUGAUUGAACUGGUCAAGUCGUGUGGUAAAAUCUCAAAUUUGGGACUUGGGUUUUGCCGCGAACUCACGGACGACGUGCUCAUCGCGAUCGCCGACUGCUUGUGGCUCGACGCGCUAUUGAUAAAUCGGUGCUCCAAAAUGACGGACGUUGGCAUUUGCGCCAUCGCGUCGCAGUGCACGGGUCUUGUAGCUUUGAACCUGUCGAGCUGCAAGCGCAUCACCAAUGUGUCGCUGGACACGCUGUUCGACAAUUGCCCAAAGCUGAAUCAACUCGACGUAACGUAUUGCCCACACGUGACGAGUGCGGCGACGUCCAGGUUCGCCACCAACCGAAUCAACAUGACCCUUCGUACAGACUGCCAACCAAGUGCACAAAACCAACCUCCUGCAACGACCUCAGAAGACGAGAAGGCCCAAGAAAAGCUCUUCAGGCAGAAUUCCAACACAGGCAGAAUCGUCGCUCUAUCGUCGCGCGACACAGUCGCCGUGGAUACGGGCCCAAGGGGGGACAGUGACGUUCCACCACAACUGUAAAGGCAUUUGCGUCGUAUCCCUCGCCGUGGAGAGAACAUCGCGAAGAAGCAUCGAUUCAUGUGACAGCUCGUACAAUCUCGAGCAUUUCCGGGGUGUGCAUGACAGGAGCUGCGUCAUGAGACGCUUCCCACCAUUCUAACGACAUAUUACCCCAAUUCGCUGAGUAGUUGGAGUCCCUCAACUAUCGUCGAUCGUUUUCUCAAGCGUGUCGGUACGUCGUCAUCGCGUGUGCUCUUCAGAUUGUGGUACAUGAACAGAGCGGCUAGUAUAGUCUACUUGGCUGCGUUGCAUGAUAAACGGCCAUGGGGUCAUCGCCUU